UGCAUGACAAAGCCCCUGCCGUGAUGGUAUAUUUGGUCGCUUCGAGCUGGUGCAAGCAACCGUAGCUGGGCCUAUGGGUACCACAAGGUAAUGAGUGCGUACUGCGAGUGGAAGGAGGGGGCAGUCGGGUGGGGCAGACGAGUCAAUUGGAAGGUGCCAUACCAGAAGCUGCGCCUCGUCCUUUUUGAAGUUCCACAUGGGUUCGCACCAUGCACGAGUAGGAUAAUAGAUGCGACCAGGUUCCGGGGAGCAGGGCCCGCUCCUUCAAAUCGGAAGAAUACCAGUUAUUCUAUCAGCUGCUGGUAACACUGCUGUUGUUGUUGCUGCUACUUCUUCACAGUCUUGCGUUAUCUCCAACGGUUGCGGAACCGGCAUCUGUACGUGGCCAUGACUCUUCCUUGGAGCUUAGUAUUAUAACUUCCUCGAUUGGUCCGUUAGGCCCCGUCCUUGGUGGUGCCACUGCAACCAGGCCCUUUUGGAAACUGGUGACUACGCGGAUGCCGCUGGUUCCAGUUGAGUUCAGGAGAUUCAAAGAGGGAUGAUAGGAUUUAAGUUCAAGAAAAUUGACUAGCUUCGUGCUUAAAGAAUGUUGUGAAAAACGUUAAUUUUCUGCUCCCAGCUUCCCACCUGUUGAACCUGAAGACACUACUCCGACACACAGGCAAGUUCAACAUUGCAGCCGGAGAUGUCGAAGCCAAAUGCUACAGCAUUAGUUACCUUUUUUGCUCUCCUUCUGCUCACCAUGUUUCCCCAACAAACCAUCGCUGGACGACAAUAUCUACCUGCUGGACCGCCGGCAAGCUCAAUGCACACUCCCAGACCAGUCCAGGUUCCAGCCGCCAGGCGUGUAGCAAGCCAAGGAGGAGUCUUAGAAGGCUCGGCGUUGGAUGAUGGAAGCCAGUUUCAGGACAGAACCCCCCCAUCUCACAGAAAGAUAUUUCCAGGCUUCAAAGAUCCAGUGAAUAGUAACGCCGAUUCUAUAUAUGGGCACAGACUGCUGGUUGGAUCGUCUCCUCCGACCUGCCAAGGGAAAUGUGGACGUUGUAUCCCAUGCAGUCCAAUUCAUAUGUCGUAUGGAAGUCCUCACGGCGCAUUGACACAGCAGGAAUACUACCCCGAAGUUUGGAGGUGCAAAUGCGGCAACAGAUACUUCAUGCCGUAAAUUAAGCAUGGAUUGUAAGAGCUGGAAACUACUCCGACCCCUUCACGCUCGUUUCCGCAGGUGAACAUUUGCGGAUCGUGAUUUAAUUUGGAUCGGUGCAUACCUCCGAACAAAGUUGUUAUAUAACUUGCACAGCUUAUUGAGAGCUUGCUGGUUUGACCCCGUAGAGUAUAAUUUUGGCCCGCAUUUAGCAGUUGGCAGUCACAGAGCGAAAUAAGGCAACUCAUGUAUUGGAUUUUUAUGUGGCGUGUAUGGGAAGAGGGGGUAUAUUGGGAAACAAUGCUCCACUCUAUUGUAACAGUAUGCAAGAGAAGGUGUGGAGUGUGUGGGUGCACUAUUUAUUAGCGCAGAUUGAACACUGAGACUAGACAUAGGAGAAUUAACAGACAGUAGUCACAGCUUGUGAAUUACAAAAAAAGUAUGGGUUUGAUUGAUUAGAAGACUAAAGGCCUCAACACCAAUAUCAUGGGUUUAGUGCGAGUUGUAUAUCGAUCAUCAGAGGCAUUCUUCUUUUCUUUUUAUUUUCUUAAUUUUCCUUUCUUUUACCUCUGUGGCUUAGUACGAUCAGCGCUUACUUCGACGAAAGCUCAAAAAUCUAGGAGCGACAGGCGGAUGAGCAGAGAUACUUUAGUGUCGAAGUUCCUGGUGGGGGGAUUGAGCUGACAGACACGGUUCGAGUUUCACUGUUACGGCUAUACAGCUCUGUUGCAAUCGUUGAAAUGUGUGGUCGUACUAUAUAGCCUUCUCGAGGUGUGUGGGUCCGUGUGCUCUAGUUUUUGUCCAACAUAUCAUAAUGGACAUCCAAUCAACCCGGCCGAGACUGGUAGCUGUGGCUGCACAUUGAAUCCGAGUUCAGGUGUCGGAAGAAGGUUGUAUGGCCGAGGAUGUGGUUCAGAUCUGAAGAUUCCACUGUAAAUAGUGUCAAGGUGUGGCAGUUAGCUAUACACCAAUACUUGGCUUUGGGGGAAUUCUUCAACAGCUAGAUGCAUGCUCUGUUGUACAUUGCCACCACUCAAUUAUCGAUAAAGUAAUCAAAGUACAUGCAA